UAGGCUAAGGAAACCACAAAAAAAUAUGAGAGAAAAUCCCACUCAUACCCUCAGAAAGCCCUCCCACCCUCUCGAUCCCGGGUGCUCUCUCGAUUUUAACGCAAUCACACAAGAAAGAGAUGCGUCGAACUGAAGAUCUUUUUUGAUGUUUUAAUCGCUUUUGAAGAUGUACAAGGGAUCGGAAACGGAUAUCAAAGAUUUGUGAAGCUCCACCUACUUGCCCUGCUGAUCUUCAUGGUGAUUGUGGGUUGGCAUCCCCAAAAUCAAAUACAAAAUUUUACUUCGAUUCACCUAUAUAAUCGUACACCUGCACACCGAUGAAGCUAAAUAUUUAUUUGAAAAUGAAAAAUCAGCCAUGUAAUAUAGGUCCAACAAUCGGGAGAACUCAAGAAAUUUAUUCAGGAGAGCACGAGGCUGAGAAAGGAAGCAGGGGCAAUGUUAUUUUUUGGCAAAGAAAUCUCAACAAAGCUUAUAAUGACAAUAUUUCCAAAAUAAAUUGCAAUUUUUGUCUAUGGAUUUCCCAAAUUGUCGAGGGUAUAAUGGCACCUAAGAUGUGAUAAGAUGUUGAGUAAGGAGGAUGGACUCAUGGACCCUAGAGGAGAUAUGCAGGUUUGUAAAUGGGAUAACCAUGGUUAGAAGAUUGGCCAAGAUAACUAGAGGUACAAUAUGAUGAGUGUAUUGCAGAAACAAACAUCAAUGUCAAAGCCAUCUGUUACAAGAGGGUACAUAUGGGAUAUGGUGCACAGAGGGCAAGGAUACUUUGCUUGGUGAAGCUGAAACAGUUGAUCUAAUUGGUGAUGAGGUUGAGAAGCUAUAAUUUCAAAACUGGCACACACGAUAUGUUAUUUUUUAUAUGUGUCUUAUUGAGGGUAUUUUAGGUAUAAUGUGUACUUUUCUUGUAGUAAUCUGAACAGUUGGUAAUUCAGAAGCAACAUUGGGGAUUAGGCUUAUGUUCAAUAACCUUCGUGACAGUGUCUGUACAACUCUCUUUAGACAGUCUUUGCAAUCCAAUCGGUCCAUUGGCCUUAGUGUUGUUGGUUGGGAAAAAUUUUAUCUUUAUGCAAAGUUCUAUAAGGUAUGGCAAUUUAUGACUUAAAUAAUCCCUGUAAUGAAAUCCCUUAGUUAGAUACAAUAAUGAAAUCCCAAUUAUAACAUUUUAUUUCCAAGUUUGUCUUAUUAAGGUAUUAAAAAAAAUCUAAUAUGUAUGCUUUGUGUAUGUGUUUGGUUUAUC